AGUACCACUCCGCGCUCCGCCAAACCGAUAGCAACUCGCCAUUAUAAACUGCGCCUUCGCGAAUUUCCAGCCACCUACCCGCGCGCACAAGCCGCGAGACACCCAACCCAAUUCAACUACGUGCGCGUGCCCGCGCUCCCGCUCCAGCUGCGCCGCCGGCUGCCACGGUCGGCAAUGGAGCACUACGAGAGGCUCGAGAAGAUCGGCGAGGGCGCCUCGGGCGUCGUCUACAAGGCCCGGGACCGCCGCACCGGCGCCACCGUCGCCGUCAAGCGCCUCCGCGGCGGCGGCUUCGGCGACGACGACGGCAGCCAGCUCUCAGAGGACCUGCUCCGCGAGGCCGCGUGCCUCGAGGCGUGCCGCGGCCACCCGUCCGUCGUCGAGCUGCGUGCCGCGCACCGCGACGGCGCAGGCGGCGCGUUCCUGGUCAUGGAGUACGUCGGGCCGAGCGUGGCGCAGGUCAUGCGGGAGCGCGGGCGGCCGUUCCCGGAGGCCGACGCGCGCCGGCUCAUGCGGCAGCUGCUGGACGGCGCCAGGGCGAUGCACGACCUCGGGGUCCUGCACCGCGACCUCAAGCCGGACAACGUCCUCGUCGACGCCCACGGCGACCUCAAGAUCUGCGACUUCGGCAUGUCGCGCUUCGCCGCCGGCCGUGCCGCGACUAAGCCCUACACGUCGCCCGUGGUCACGCUGUGGUACCGCGCGCCGGAGCUCCUGCUGGGGUCGACGGAGUACGACGCGCGGGUGGACACGUGGGCGCUCGGCUGCAUCAUGGCCGAGCUCCUCGCCGGCGCGCCGCUGCUGCCGGGGAGGUCCGAGAUGGACCAGCUGAACAGGGUGUUCGACACGGUGGGCACGGACGACAUGACGGACUGGCCCGGAUUCUGCCGCCUCCCGCGCGCCGGCUCGCCGCUCUGCCAGCGCAGCAGGCCGCCCAGCCGGCUCCGGGAGAUGUUCCCGUCACUCUCCGCCGCCGGCUUCGACGUGCUCAGCGGGCUGCUGGCCUGCAGGCCGGACAGGAGGCUCAGCGCCGCGGAGGCGCUCCGGCGGCCCUGGUUCACGGACGCCGAGUCGCCCGACGUCGACCAGCCUCGCAGCGCAUCAUGCGGCGGCCGGUUCACGGUGCGUGUCGGCGGCGCUGCUGACGCGAUCGUUGUAUAGAAAACUCUAGAUUCGCCAUGAUUCAUUGUUCUUUUAAUCAGCCGAAGAUUCGCUGGAAAAAGGCGACCGAGUGCACAGUUUUGGUGGCGGCUUUGGUGCUCCUCUGCCCUGCGUCGUUGCACUGUCGUCCUCAGUUCCGUUAGGGUUGGUCGGGUAGCUGGUCUGGUGUGGUGAAGUGGCACGAGUUCCUCGAGGGGCCUGCUGAUUAGCACAUCAUUUUUAAUCUCCUCUUAUAUAGUCUUAUUUAUGCUGUCCUUGCAAGAGAUCGCAGAGGCAACUUGUACUGUAAACAAAGCAAUGGUGGCAACAGAGCUCUCAUCGUGGACGAAUCUUCACGUCCGUGAAAACUGUGCUGGUUGUGGUUGCUUGAACUCUGUCCCGAUUUGAUAAAAUGACCAAUUUCAGAA